AACGCUCGUUUACGGGAUGGGAAAACAUUACAGGGAGACGGGGUUGAAACUUGUAAGGCACUAACAAAUCCUUCGCCUGCUGAGGAGAAGAGAACGGAUCCUCUUGCCGCAGUCCCUGGGCUUCCGACUCCGGCGGCGGUGUCCUCAAGUGUGCGUGGUCUGUUGUUGACGGUGAACAAACAAAGCUUUGAUAUUCUGCGUGCAUAGGAGUUUCUGGGCCUUUCAGUCAGAGCGAGAAGUAGGGCAACGAUGGUUUGGAGAAAUCUGGAGCAAAUUGGACUCACCCCCAAAGAAUUAGGGCAUAUGGCAUUCUCACUUGUCAAAAUCUCCUGUUGCCUUCAUGUCACUGCCACCUAUCUCAUAGACCCUGCUAUUGUCGGUGGUCCUAGCAUGCUUCCGACAAUGGGUCCGAUGGCUACCUUUUUAUUGACCGAAAGGAACUCCCUGCGUUUUGGUAAAGUUGAGCGCGGGGAUAUUGUCUUGGUGCGGUCACCUGUAAACCCUCGAAAUUUAUUGACCAAGCGCUUGCUUGGAUUGGAGGGUGAUAGUGUCACAUUUCUCGUCGAUCCUAGGAACAGUGAUAAAUGCGAGACUAUAGUGGUUCCUAAGGGGCACGUUUGGGUACAGGGCGAUAACAUAUAUAAUUCCAGGGAUUCAAGACAAUUUGGUCCUGUUCCUUAUGGUCUUCUUUAUGCCAAGGUCUUUUGGAGGUUAUGGCCACUUGGAGGUUUUGGACCCCUGGGCAAAAACUGAUCGAAGAAUUCAGCUAUGCGAAGCACAAUUCCUUAGCAAUAUUACCAUUCUUUUUUGUUCAACUCCUAAAGGAUUAUACUGGCCUGAGCUUCGUUUUAACUUACGAGGUGCCGUUUCUCGUCCUUGGAGCUGUAAAACUGGUGAUUCCCAUAAGAUGAAAGGCUGUGAGGUGGGACAUGGUUCAGUAACUGUGCAUCAGACUAAGCACAUAAACGCCUGCAACGAGUUAUUUUCAGCAAGAUUGCAUAUUCUUUUAUAUGUAUGCUAGGAUUAGCUUAUAAAGUUUCGCGGAAGAGCAUUUGAUGUCCUAACAUUUAAAUUGUUGUCCUAUUGAAGAAGCUGAUUAUUAAAAAUGAGGAGGUCCGGGCACAGCUGGCAUUUUAUUAAUCUCAGUAUGAAAUGUUUUUAUGUACCACUCUUACUGUUCUGUUUAUUUCUCAGUCAAAAAUCAGACAUGCCUGGAGGCUUUGAUGAAUGAAAACCAUGACAAGAACAGAUGUCGGGGAAUCUCCAUUUUGAGGUUUUAGGUAUUUUUUUCAUGGGAAGAUGUUCAAGGUAUUCUGAAACUCUGGUUACCAUGUAUUCUGAUAUUUAAGGUGUAGUUUUCGUCAGUUCAGAACUAGGUAUUAAG